GAGCAUCAACACUGAUUAAACAUUUAGCAAUUUUGUGGCCUAUAUCAAAACUGUACAGUUCUUUAAGGAAAUUCGAUAACACCCUAAAAAUGGACUCUGAGGAAGAAACCUACGAUGACGUAGACUCAGGUAACGUGUCCAGUGGGGAUGAUGUUGAUAUUUACAUGGAGGUUGAGGUGCCAGGCCAUAGAGAUAAACAAACAGACUCUGAUGAUUUUCCAUAUGAGGUUUUAAGUACUGAAGAGAUUGUACAACACAUGGUAGAUUCUAUUAAGGAUGUAAAUUCUGUUGUUGAGAUUCCAGCAACAACUACCCGUAUACUCUUAAACCACUUUAGGUGGGAUAAAGAAAAGCUUAUGGAGAGGUUCUAUGAUGGGAACCAAGACCAACUAUUUAGUGAAGCCAGAGUUAUCAACCCUUUCAAUAAAACAAUUUUAGCCACCAAAGUGAAGCCUUCCAAAAAGCAUGCUAAUGGAACCGAGGAGUGUGAGAUCUGUUUUAUGGUUUUACCUUCAUCUCAUAUGACCGGACUUGAAUGUGGUCAUCGGUUUUGUAUGCAUUGCUGGUGUGAAUAUCUUACCACAAAGAUAAUGGAAGAAGGUGUAGGUCAGACGAUUGCCUGUGCUGCACAUGGUUGUGAUAUUCUUGUAGAUGACGCGAGCGUCAUGAAGUUAGUCCGUGAUUCAAAAGUAAGGUUGAAGUACCAGCACUUAAUUACAAAUAGUUUUGUUGAGUGUAACCGACUUUUACGAUGGUGUCCCUCCCCGGAUUGUAGUAAUGCAAUUCGCGUCCACUACGUAGAACCUCAUAAAGUAACAUGCAAGUGCAAUCAUACCUUUUGUUUCUCAUGUGGGGAAAAUUGGCACGAUCCAGUUAAAUGCCAUUGGUUGAAAGGGUGGAUCAAAAAAUGUGACGACGACUCUGAAACCAGUAAUUGGAUUGCUGCGAAUACGAAGGAGUGCCCUAAGUGUAAUGUUACUAUUGAAAAAGAUGGAGGUUGUAAUCACAUGGUUUGCAAGAACCAAAACUGCAAGGCUGAUUUCUGUUGGGUCUGUUUAGGUUCUUGGGAACCUCAUGGAAGUUCCUGGUAUAACUGUAAUAGAUAUGAUGAAGAUGAGGCGAAGGCUGCCCGAGAUGCUCAAGAAAAAUCCCGAUCAGCACUUCAACGCUACCUUUUCUACUGUAAUCGUUAUAUGAACCAUAUGGCUUCCCUUAAAUUUGAACAUAAACUUUAUGCAUCGGUUAAGGAAAAAAUGGAAGAAAUGCAGCAACAUAAUAUGAGUUGGAUUGAAGUGCAAUUUUUGAAAAAGGCAGUGGAUAUUUUGUGUCAGUGUAGACAAACCUUGAUGUACACUUACGUUUUUGCAUAUUAUUUGCGGAAAAACAACCAGUCUGCAAUUUUUGAAGACAAUCAGAAGGAUCUCGAAAGCGCCACAGAGACAUUAUCUGAAUAUUUGGAGAGGGACAUUACCUCUGAAAAUUUAUCAGAUAUCAAACAAAAGGUGCAAGAUAAAUAUAGGUACUGUGAUAGUAGAAGAAAAAUCCUGCUCGAACACGUCCAUGAAGGUUACGAAAAAGAGUGGUGGGACUACAAUGAAUAGAAGCCAGUAUACAUCCGUUCCCUAACUUAAUUUUAGGUAGUAUCUUAAACCUUUUUAAGAAAAUUCCUAGUUACCUCAAGCCCAGGUAGUCUUUACUAAAACAUUUUUGUCACAUACCCGCUAGCAGUAGAUGUAACUUGCAAGAACAGUCUUGGCGAUGAUUUUGAGUAAUAUUUUGUCACGGAUCUGAAAAACUUUAUAUAAUUUAUUUAUUUCCUUCAUUUCAAUUUUCCAGUUAUGAUCAAAUCAGUGAAAAUAAACAAUAUAAAUUUUAGGUGCUACGUUUAUCAUGAAGACCAGAUUUGCUUUUAAGUAGAUUGGUCGUGAACAAAAAAUAAAUAUAUCUUAUAUUAUGUAAUAUAUGUGUAAAGUAAUUGCUUUUUAUUAUUAUGAUAUUCUCUUUAUUAGUUAAUUUCGUUUUUGUUAAUAUAUCUCAUUUUUUUAUUGCUGUGUAGGAGUGUAUAAAGUUUUUAUAUAGAUGAUAUGCCUUUUCGUGCCUGUUUUUGAAGCUCUUAAAGUUACAUAGAAAAGCGUACUUUUAUUCAAAGUAUUUGCUUACGUUUUUACAAAAAAAACAUUUUAUACCAGCUCGUAAAUUUUAAUGACAUAAUUUUACAGGAACAACGCAAUAAGUUUUUGAUUGGAAUAUAUUACAGGGAUUAUAAAUUAAGGAUAGGGAAACUUUUCAGUUUGUUUUGAGGUAUUUUUGUUUAGGUUUUUAUUAACGUGAAUACAGUGCAA